AUGAGUAGCAAAAGCAGCAAGCCAUGGUUGCCUCAGACACCAGCCCCAGAAGUCAUAUUCUACAAUGCAAACGUCGUUAAUGUUGAAGCUGGCGAGGUUAUUCCCAACUCUACUGUGCACAUCAACAACGGUCGUAUCGUUGAUGUGUCGUCUGGGGACACGGCGAAACCGCCCACAGGGGCUAAUGCAGUGAAUCUGAAGGGCCAAUACAUCUGCCCUGGCUUAAUUGACUGUCAUGUGCAUCUCACUGCGACCCCGGGUUCUUCCUCUCUCAAGGACAUAUUUUCCGCGAGCCCCAACAGCAUUACGCACCGUGCGGGAUUCGUCGCGCGAGAAAUGCUUCUUCGCGGAUUCACCACGGCUCGCGAUACCGGUGGUGCAGAUUUCGCUCUCCGCGAAGCCAUCGCAGAAGGCUUGAUCAUGGGUCCCAGGCUCUUCAUAGCCGGUAAAGCCCUCUCGCAGACUGGCGGACAUGGAGAUUUCCGUGCCAUUUAUCAGGGCGAUGAACAGAAAUGCUGCGGCGGACACACUGCCAAUCUAGCUCGGGUGUGCAAUGGAGUCCCCGAGUGCCUCGAGGCUGCUCGCGACGAGCUCAGACAAGGCGCCGAUUUCAUCAAGAUCAUGUGCGGAGGUGGCGUCGCAACUCCGUCGGACGCCCUUGAUAUGCUGCAGUUCACGGCGGAAGAAAUUCGUGCGAUUACGACGACUGCUAAGCAUUCAAAGACAUACGUCACGGCACAUGCAUACAGCGUGGAAGCCAUCCGCCAUGCCGUCGAUAAUGGGGUUCGAGGCAUCGAGCAUGGAAAUUUCAUUGACGAGGAAACUGCAGCCUACUGCACGGAAUUGGGAGUUGUUUUUACUCCGACCUUGGUCACUUACCACGGUAUGUCCCGGCCUCCGUUCGAUAAGUUUCUGGACGACUUCAGCCAAAUCAAGAAUCGUCAAGUGUUAGCUAGUGGGUUGGACGCUUUGUCAAUCUUGCGUAAAGCUGGCGCAACAAUUUGCUACGGUUCCGACCUCUUGGCAGGCUUGCACCCUCUUCAAAACCAUGAGUUUUCAAUCCGAUCGGGCGUCCUGAGCGCACGGGACAUUUUACAGUCGGCUACGAUCAAUGCGGCAAAGUAUUUGGGUAUGGAGGGUCAACUUGGGUGCAUCAAGAAAGGAAGUAUUGCCGAUAUGCUCAUACUGACAUCUAAUCCUCUUGAAGAUAUAACGGUGCUGGAUCACAUCCAGGACAGCCUUGUAGCUAUCUUGAAGGAUGGACGUAUCGUUACCAAAAGAUCAAGCUGGUUGUCCGUGGAUCCUCUAUACGAUCCAUGCCACAUUCAAGUCCAAUGA